UUCUUCUUCUUCUGUCUCCAUCUUCCAUCUCAAGCUUCCACCAAACACAAUCCAUUUACACUUCUUUCUCAAUGCAACAACAACAAGAACAAAGCUUUUUGAACUCAGUUUCACAUCUAUAUCAUCAUUAUCUUCAGCAUGGAACAACAACAAAAACAUGUUCUUUUGCUACUAUUACUUUUGAUGUUAACACUUUGCUGUGUUGUUCUCACUGAAACUGACCCUUCAGAUGUAAAGGUUCUAAACCAGUUCAGAAACGGUCUCAAGAACCCUGAGCUCUUACCAUGGCCUGAAGAUGGUGGAGACCCAUGUGGAAACCCUCCAUGGAAGUACAUCUUCUGCAAUGGCAAAAGGGUAUCUCAGAUUCAAGCUAAAAACUUGAACUUGAUUGGUCCUUUGCCUCAAAGCUUCAACCAGCUCACAAUGCUUGAGAAUCUUGGUCUUCAGAACAACAAGCUCAAUGGCCCUUUACCUUCUUUCAUUGGUUUGAAGAUGUUAAAGUUUGCAUUUUUGAACCACAAUGAGUUUGAUUCAAUCCCUUAUGAUUUCUUUGAAGGACUUGAGAGUCUUGAGGUUUUAGCAUUGGAUUACAAUGUUAACCUCAAUGCAAGCAAUGGUGGUUGGAAAUUCCCUUUGACUUUGCAAGGGUCAACACAAUUGACCAAUGUUUCUUGCAUGAGUUGCAGCAUGGUUGGUCCAAUUCCUGAGUUCUUGGGUAGCAUGGUGUCUCUUUCUGUGCUGCAGCUUUCAGGGAAUAACUUAUCUGGCGCGAUUCCGGCGAGUUUUAAAGGAAUUGGGUUGCAGAUUCUGUGGUUGAAUAACCAAGGUGGUGGUGGUCUUGAUGGUACUAUUGAUGUGUUUGCAACAAUGGUUUCUCUCACAAGUUUGUGGCUUCAUGGUAACAAUUUCAAAGGGACUAUUCCUAAGAACAUUGGUGACUUGGCUUCUCUGAAGGAUCUUAAUCUCAAUGGUAACCAACUUGUUGGGGUAAUUCCUGAUUCUUUAGCUAAAUUGCAAUUGGAACAUUUGGAUUUGAACAAUAACCAUUUAAUGGGUCCAACCCCAAAAUUUGUAACACCUAAAGUUACUUUUGAUUCCAAUAAUUUUUGUGAAACAAAACCUGGGGUUUCAUGUUCCUAUGAGGUUAUGGCACUGAUUGAGUUUCUUAGUGGGUUGGAUUACCCUUUAAAUCUUGUUAAUUCAUGGAUUGGUGAUAAUCCUUGUGAAGGUCCAUGGUUAGGAAUAAAGUGCAAUGCAAAUGGGAAAGUUUCAAUGAUUAUUCUGUCUAAGUUUAAUUUCAGUGGUACUCUUAGUCCUUCUGUUGCGAAAUUGGAUUCUCUUGUUGAAAUCAGAUUAGGGGGUAACAAAAUCAGUGGUGUGGUUCCUAGUAAUUGGACUAGUUUGAGAUCACUGAAAUUGUUGGAUCUAAGUGGCAACAACAUUUCAGGUCCAUUGCCAAGUUUUGAUAAGAGUUUGAAGAUUGUUACUGAUGGGAAUCCUCUGUUGAUGAAUCAUAGUACUCCUCACAAGCUCCCUCCAUCAUCUGUUAAUAAGCCAAAUCCAUCUUCUGGAAGGGGCGAACUUUCUUCGGUUGAUACUCCAUCAGCACCAUCAAAUUCCAACUCUGGCAGUUCUCUUGAAUUGAAGAAUCCCAAAAGAAAGAACUUGGUGUUGAUUGUGACCUCAAUUGUAGGUAUUGUUGCUGCAAUUAUUCUGCUUAUUCCAGUUUAUCUGUAUUGUUUCAAAGGGAGAAAUGAAGCCUCCAAGGGUUCAAGUUCAUUAGUAGUUCACCCUAGAGAUCCAUCUGAUUCAGACAAUGUGGUAAAGGUUGUUGUUGCUAGCAAUGGCAAUGGAAGAAGCAUUUCCACAGUUUCAGCAAGUGGUUCUGGGAACCUAAACACCAGUGGAAAUGCAGUGUCUCAUGUAAUUGAAGCUGGAAAUCUUGUAAUAUCGGUUCAAGUCCUUCGAGGCAUUACCAAGAAUUUCGCGCCUGAGAAUGAGCUCGGCCGGGGUGGAUUCGGGGGUGUUUACAAGGGAGAAUUGGAUGAUGGGACUAAAAUUGCAGUGAAGAGAAUGGAGGCUGGUGUGAUAAGCAGAAAAGCCUUAGAUGAAUUCCAGUCUGAAAUCGCAGUUCUUUCGAAAGUCCGGCACCGGAAUUUGGUGUCUCUUUUGGGCUAUUCAGUAGAAGGGACAGAGAGACUACUAGUUUAUGAGUAUAUGCCACAAGGUGCUCUCAGUAAGCAUCUUUUCCAAUGGAAGAGCUUGCAAUUGGAACCACUUUCGUGGAAGCGAAGGCUUAACAUUGCAUUGGAUGUUGCUAGAGGAAUGGAGUAUCUUCAUACUCUUGCUCACCAAAGCUUCAUUCAUAGAGAUCUUAAGUCAUCAAAUAUUUUGCUUGGUGAUGACUUCAGAGCAAAGGUCUCAGAUUUUGGACUUGUUAAGCUUGCUCCGGAUGGCAAAAAAUCUGUAGUGACUCGGCUUGCUGGAACAUUCGGAUACUUGGCACCAGAAUAUGCAGUGACCGGAAAAAUCACUACAAAAGCAGAUGUUUUCAGUUUUGGUGUUGUUCUGAUGGAGCUACUGACCGGAUUGACAGCACUCGAUGAGGACCGGCCGGAGGAAAGCCAGUACUUGGCAGCAUGGUUCUGGAAUAUAAAAUCAGAUAAGGAGAAACUUAUGAAUGCUAUUGACCCUGCACUCGAAAAACAGGACGAAACCUUUGAGAGCAUUUCCAUCAUUGCUGAGUUAGCUGGCCAUUGCACUGCCAGGGAACCAAACCAGCGGCCGGAUAUGGGGUAUGCCGUGAGCAUUCUGGCCCCGCUCGUUGAGAAAUGGAAACCAAUUGAUGAUGAAACUGAAGAGUAUUGUGGCAUAGACUAUAGUUUACCCCUUAACCAAAUGGUGAAGGGGUGGCAAGAGAUGGAAGGAAAGGAAUUAAGCCAUGUGGACUUACAAGACAGCAAGAGUAGUAUUCCGGCAAGGCCUACUGGAUUCGCCGAUUCUUUUACGUCCGCGGAUGGCCGGUGAAACAAACGGUAUGUUGGUUUCCUGAAUGCAUAUUGUUUUCCAUUUUCUUGUUCUCAAUGUUGAGUUCAAAUAUUGUGUAUAAUAAGCUUUGGAAAGUUCCAUAUGUAUGCAUUGUAAUUUUUUAAUUUUGAUGGCUUUAAGUGUUGCUUAUUGUAGAUAGUGAUUAGUGAGCUUUGAUCAAUGGUAAUGCUUGUUAAUUAUGUAAAAUGGUUUUGUUUGGGGUUUGGUUUUGUACCAUUAGAACAAAGAAACCUUUCAGUAUGUUGUAAAAUAUAUAAUCAUUCA